GGUCAACGCCUUGAGAAGAAGCUUGAUGAAUUGGGUGCUUCAAUCAAAGGGAAAGGCACUCGUGAGGGUCCGCUGCUGGUGGGACGGAAGAUGUGUUGACCAGUCUCAAAUGAGAGAAUGAGGAGUUGAAGAAGAAAUUGGGGGCACUUAUGAACCAAACGGGUGACGACAAGGUCAUGUAUCUGCAGCAAGAAAUUAUGGACUUGCGCAAGCAGGUGACGCACAAACAGGUGAAUGAGGAUGCUAUUUUUGCGCUGAAGCAGGAGAUUAGUGAGAUGAAACAGUCGAUUCUUAUGAAGGGGGACUUGGAGAAGGAGGUCGCUGGGCUCAGGAAGGAGGUGAGUUCACUACGGGGACAGAAUGAACAAGCCACAAUCGAAACUAACCAAUGGAAGGAUGAAGCAUUAAGACCGGGUAACAAGAGGGGGAGCGUCACUGUGAAUACGCCUGAAGGCCCGGGACGAGGCACGCCGAAACCACAAUGGACCGAUAAUGUGCGGGAAGCUGACAAAUGGAGAGAGGAAUAUCGAAAUCUGCGGAAUCUGCAUCAACUGGCUAACGUGGAAGCGGAAGCUCUGAAAAAGAAGCGCUCCGAGGCUGAAAUGAAACGAAUGGAGGCGGAACAGCAGGUUAAGAAGCUCGAAGAGAAGAUGAGCAAGUUGACUGCUAGUGGCGUUAAAACUAGACUGGGUGGGGGAACUAAUUUGAAAGAACGUUUGGAGGAGGUGGCUCUUCGAUCGGCGCAUAAAGGUGUCAAAGCCACACCAGGGAGAUUUGGCGGGAAAGCUUCCGUGGCCGAAGUGUCUAAUACGGCAACUGAGGUUAAUGACCGGGAGGAGUUUAUUGAGGGAGAGAAGAAGAAAUUGAGAUUACUUAGAAAGGCUGGGCUGGAGCCUUUGUGCAAGGAAGAAGGUAUCAAGAUGGGGAGGGUCGAAGAGACGAUUUGCGAACUGGCCGAAUAUCGAGCUAAACUAAGAUUUGGGACGUCAUUGCGGGAAGGAGCGGCCGCGAAAGAAGCUUGCUCGUUCGUUGAUGUGGAAGAUGACUCGUCCAAGGGAACAUGCGAUGGAGAGAACGGUGACGAGAGAUCCGUUGAGCUAUAGGGGGGCGUCCCAGACGUGGCAAAGCUUUGGUC